AUUGAACCAAUUUAUAUUUUUUCAGUCGUUCGUUUAUUUUACAUGUAGUUCAAGGUGAAAAAAAAUCAUUGGUAUAGAAAAUGAAGUUACAGUAUUUUCUAGUGUUGUUUUUUUUACAACUAUAUCACGCAAGACAUGUUUCUACUCCUGGAAGUGGUAUACGGGUACCACUGAAAAGGACCCCGUUGACAUUGAAAAAGUUGGAUUUAGCUGCAACCAAAAUUCAAUCAAUGUACAAUAGGAAAAGUAUCAAUGAAUCGGUUAUUCCACUUCGAUACGACGAAACUCAACAAUUCACCGAGUAUUACGGUAAUGUUUCAAUUGGAACGCCACCUCAAAACUUUCAAAUGAUAUUUGAUACAAGAUCCUCCCAGCUAUGGGUACUCUCAAAACGCUGCAAUGAUCCGAGAUGUAACAAAAUUGGGCUUGAUUCAUAUGACCACACGAACUCAGCAACGUACAAAAACUCAACAAAUUGUGAAAACCGCACACAAGAAGUAAAUAGAGACGAAUACGAUGGACUUUGCUCAAACGAUACAAUAACAUUGGAUGGGGUUGAACUCAAUAAUACACAAUUUCUUGAAGUUGUUAACAUCAAAACAAUAUUCCUACACGGUCCAUGCCAAGGAGUUUUCGGAUUAAGUUAUAAUCACGACGGAUCAUCCGAUAACAUCAUGAAAAAACUUUGCCAGCUGGUUAAUCGAAAGAAUAGAUUUUCAUUCUAUUUUAAUAGGAAUUUAUCGGAUACCGAUGGCGGUGAAUUAACGUUAUGUGGUAUAGACAGCUCAAAGUUUCGGCCGGGUUCGUUGAAUUACGUGAAUGAAACUGAACCAUUCGGUAGAUGGACCAUUCCAAUUGAAAACAUUUCAUUACAACUUGGCUCCGGUGAAAUCAUGCAUUUGGCUUCAAAUACGAAAGCCUUAGUUAACCCCGGCGUUACUCACAUUCAAGGACCGUAUGAAAAAAUUCUCGAAAUAUAUAAUGCUACAAAGGCUGAGCUGGAUUAUCAUGAUGUCAAUUGCAAAGAAAUCCCCAAGUUACCCAACAUAACGUUUACAAUCGGUGGGGAAAAAUACACACUUGAAGGAAAAGACUACACUUUCAAGUUUUUAUAUAAAAAGAAUGAAUGCAGAGUUGCUUUUACUAUCUCGCCGGGUUCAGACGGUGACACAUGGAUUUUAGGAGAUAUUUUCUUAAGGAAGUAUUACUCUGUUUAUGACAUGGAUCACCACGCAAUUGGAUUUGCCGAAAGCAUUCACCCGCUCAAAACUGAUUAAAUAUCACCAGAUUCGAACAGUACCUCCUACCUAUAAUUCAUAAGUAAUGCUGGUUAUCAAUGGCGUAUAAAUCAACAUCAAAUUCGUACAUAAUCCCAUUACUUUAUAUAUUAUGUAUGUAGUACCUAUUAUUGAGCAUAUAUACAUUUCAAAUAUUUUUAUUAAAUUAUUCAUCUUUA